AGGCAUCCCGUUCACUCGGGGGGUAAGAGUUUAAAUAAGAGGUAGCCAGCUGCCGUUCCCUCGCAGCGCAGACCCUCGCCGGAGAGUCACUGCUGACAGUUGGAGGCCGGAGUCUGGAUUAUCAUAACAUCGCAGCGACAAGAGGAGCAAAAGAGCACGUGUAACUACAGGAGAGAUGUUUUUUGUGGCUGGGGCCAAAAAUGCUGCAGCUUCGGGGAGGGGAAAUGAAAGGAGCAGGUCAAUUUAUCAGAAAUUUCGCGAGGUGGACUCUUUUCUGGACAAGAAGAAGACGGUGACGGCUCUAAAGCCGGGAGAAGAUCGGGCCAUUCUUCUGGGACUCGCGAUGAUUCUGUCUUCGGCCAUGAUGUAUUUUGUCCUGGGUAUCACCAUAAUACGCUCCUAUGCGGACAGCGUGUGGACGGAGGAGGGGGUGUGUGUCGUGCUCAACUCCACGGUCACAGCAGAUGUGAACUGUUCCUACAGCUGUGGGUCAGACUGCUGGAGAGUGUCCAAAUACCCUUGUCUGCAGGUCUACGUGAGUGUCAAUGACACGGACCGUGUCAGUCGUUUGUCACACAACGAAGAGACGGAGGACGCCAGCUCCGAAUGCGUGUACGUGCCCCGGUGCCAGAAGGACAGCGCGGCCAUGUACGCAAUCAUCGCAAACAUUUCCGAACAUCUGAAGGUGAACCAGCAGGUCCCCUGUUACUAUGACCCAAGCGAGCAGCAAGAGACCGUCCUCCUGACCCGGCUCUACGACCACAGCGUCGUCUUCCACUCGCUGCUCUGGCCCUCGUGCACACUCACCGUCGGGGCCCUCAUCAUUGUGAUGGUCAAGCUCACGCAGUACCUCUCGAGACUUUGCGAGGAAAUCGGGAAGAUCAAGAGGUGAAUUCCGCGCCGCACCUGGGAAACGCAGGCACGCGGUGGUCAGAUGAUGGACGUCUGAAAUGGAAAAUAAGAUAGUUUAAACCAGAUGAACUUGCCCUGACCUCUUCCACGUUUUCCUCCUGGGCUGAGACACUUAAGAGAAAGCAGCAAACGUCCGGAUGUUUAUAAAAGUGAACAAAAUGUUCCAAGGUGGAAACUGUUUGAUAUGUCACUGGCUGUUGCUGGGGAUACGAGAACUGUAUUUUCCAUGGUGUUAAGCAUUUGAUAAGAGUUGUGGUUUACAAGCAUUUGGUAUACUUUAGCGUGCCAUGAGCAUGUCUUUCAUGUCACAAUGAGAGAGGACAAUAUUUAUGGGUUCAAAACUUAUCCAUUUCUGGCUUAUGAUGUUGAGAAAUGUUCCCAUUUUUAUAUCUAAUUAAAUGAGGGGCCAAAUAAAAUGUGAUACAUCUGUGCCCAUGAUUCACAUAACCUGACAUGAUUCAUUUAAUAAGAAAAUGAGAACAUUUAGAGGACAAAAUUCAAAAUUCAGAGGACAAUACUGAUCAAUUUCUGGCUUAUGCUGUUGAGAAAUGUUCCCAUUUUUAUUACUAAUUAAAUGAGGGGCCAAAUAAAUGUGUGAUGUAUCUGUGUCCAUGCUUUACAUAACCCAACAUGACUCAUUUAAUAACAAACUGAGAAGUUUUAACUAUCAAAGGUUUGACAUUAAAGAUUUACAUAAGAAGAUUGUUUUUCUCCUUA